AUGAUAAGCGGGACAUCAGCAAACGCAAGCGGCAGCUCCAGCGAUACUCCCACGGGAGCAUCGCAAAUUGACACCAUACAACCACCUUUAUUCGAGCCAUCAAAAUGUUUAUUUUGCAACCAAGGCAACACUGACUUUGAGUCAAAUCUAUCACACAUGCAGUCAGCCCACGGUCUAUUCAUCCCUCACCGGCGGCACUUGAUCGUCGAGACACAGGUCUUGAUCGAGUAUAUUCACCUGGUCAUCCACGGUUAUCAUGAGUGCAUAUGCUGUGGUACACAGCGGAGCAGCCCACUAGCGACGCAGCAACAUAUGCUGGGCAAAAGCCACUGUCGUUUUGAUAUGGAACGGGAAGAUUCCGAAUUUGCCGACUUUUGGGAUUUCUCGGAUGGGGACAGCAGUGACGGAGAUUCCGACGACCAGACCGAUGACAACAAUGGGCCGGAUCAUGGGAGGAGACGGACAAUCAAGGGUCCUGCGGGCAUUGUGCAAUUGGAUGAAGAUUCUCUCAGGCUUCCAUCGGGGAAGCUGAUAUCCAAAAACUCAUCCGCCCGGCACGCCCCACAACGGGCUGAGACUAGGAAGCAACAAGCGGCCAUCGAGGGCACGACUCACGAUGCUGCCCGGCGCGCAAAUCCAACCCCGUCUACAGCGUUGGUACCGUCACAUGGAGACGCACUUAAAAGUCUCAAUAGAAGUGAAAGGAGAGCAGAGGCAUUCUCCGGUCAGUUGUCACGAUUGAGCGAAAGUGACAGGCGAAGCCUGGUACAUCUGCCGGCAUCACAGCAACGCUCUAUACUCACCACGCAGCAGCGGCAGGCCGAGAAGGCGCAGCGGGCCGAGCGGAGGUAUCAGAGCCGCGUCGAGGGACUGGGUAACAAGACGUUACAGGCGCAUUUCCGACCAGACGGUCCAGCGCGGCAAAAUGGUUGA